CAUAUCACCUUCAUCGUCACCAUCAUCGUCAUUAACAUCUCUCUCUCUCUCUCUCUGCUGCGAGAACCGCUCGUGCGCAGUGAGCUUCCGCUUCCCUUCCUAUGACUUUCGGUCACUGCCCCCCCAUCGCUGCCGCCGGUCUCUGCGUGAGCCCCUCCACUCGCUGCCUCCUCGCCAACAAUGCCCACCCGGCUCUUCUUCGCCCGGUGUGUCCGGCCCCAACCGUCCCCCGCAAGCCCGUCUCGCCGCAACUCCGUCGCCCUCUCUCUCGUUCCUUCGAUCCCGUGACAUCGUUCCCCGGGAGGAAGCGCCGCAGACGGCGUCGCCAUCGUCGCUGUCUAUUUCCCAGUGCUUCUUCUUCUUCUUCUCUGGAGCUCCCUCUCCUCCCUUUCAACAUGAACGAGGUACUUGUUCCCUCCGAGACCAAAACACUACAUUUGUAUGAGGCUAGAUAUUUAGCCCUGCUGGAGGAGUCUAUGUCAAGGAAGAAUCUCUUUGUGCAUUUCUUGCUUGAGCCCAUAUAUAUACCUGGUUCAUCGGAUGGGACAUCAUUUGCGGCUAAAUAUGGUUGCCUGGUUUUGAUAGAGAAAGUUGAACGGCUAGAUGUUGGAGCGCUAGUUUCUAUACGAGGAGUUGGCCGUGUCAAGCUUCUGAACUUUAUACAGGCAGAACCUUACUUAAAAGGUCUAGUCAUACCAGUGCAGGACUCAAGUGCUGUAAAUACUACUGAGACAAGCUCAAAAGUGGAUCAAUUAAAAGAGUCUCUUUGCAAUUUAAUUAAGCUGGAAAUUAAACUCAAGGCUCCCAAGGAGGCACUCUUGCAAACACAUACAGCAAACUCUCUAAGGUGGGCUGACACUCCAUCUGUAGAUUGUGACGAGAGUUUCAUUCCUUCUUUGGCUGAGCGUGUUUCCUUUGCAGCCCUGCAGCCUGUGUCAGGAUCAACUGAAUCGGAGCUGCUCAAGCUGCAACAAGAGAAGUUAAGGGCAAUGGAUACUAAAGAAACACUUGAGAGGCUGGAAGACUCACUUGUGUUAGUGAAAGAGAACAUUUCAAUUGUUGCGGCAAAGCUUGCUAUCCAGUCUCUCGAGAUGUAGCAAGUUAAAUACCUUUCAACAGGCCCUUCUUGGUGUCCUGGUAGAGGAGAGCAGCGAUAUAUUGAUGUCAAGAGCUAUUAAUAUUUUGAAA